AUGCCCAAGCCCACUGCCGACUGGGAGCGCGUCGGCGACCGCUUCUACCGCAAGCUGCAGCUCUACACCGACGUCUUUGACCAGGAUCUGGAGCUCGAGAACUUCCACGUCGUCGCCGCACCCUACUCUGGCGCUGUAGCCAUAUAUCGCGACGAAGAGAAGCUCCAGACCUUCCGUGCCUCGCAGCAGGCCAAGACUUCCAUCGACAUCUACAGCUGCGCCGGCAAGCUCAUCCGCCGCAUCACCUGGGACAAGGGCUCCGUCAAGGGCCUUGGCUGGUCGUUGGACGAGAAGCUGCUCGUCGUGACCGAGGAUGGCACUGUACGCUGCUACCAGCACCUGCACGGCGACUUCGUGCCCUUCACCCUCGGCCACGGUGCCGACGAGGUGGGCGUGAAGGCUUGCCGCUUCUGGGGCUCUGGCUUCGUGGCUCUGCUCAACAACAAUCGCCUCGUCUCCGUCACCCGCUACGAUGAGCCGCGUCCCAAGCUGCUGGCCCUUGCUCCCGAGGACCCCGUCGAGUCUUGGGCCUUGAUUCCCCCCACCGAGACUCUCUCGCGCUCCGUCGAGGUGCUUCUAGCAAUUGGCGAGACCAUUUAUCUCGUCGACGCCACUGACUGCGAGGACCGCAUGCUGCAGCGCGGCCCCUUCAGGUACACAAGUGUCUCGCCCAAUGGCAAAUUCGUUGCCCUGUACACCGAGGACAGCAAGGUCUGGGUCGUCAGCAGCGAUUUCCAGAACAAGCUCAGCGAGUAUGACUCUAGAGCGAGGACUGUGCCCAAGGACAUGCAGUGGUGCGGUAACAGCUCCGUUGUCCUGGCUUGGGAAGACGAGAUCCAUCUCGUCGGGCCCAACGGCUCUGCCACCAAAUUCUUCUACGACAGCUUCGUUCAUCUUCUGCCCGACGUUGACGGCAUCCGAGUGCUCACGAAUGACGUUUGUGAAUUCAUCCAACGUGUCCCCGACAUGAGCGAGGAGACCUUCCGCCUGGGCUCUACGUCUCCGGCCGCCGUGCUGCUAGAUGCGGUCGAUCACCUGGAAAAGAAAUCGCCAAAGGCAGACGACCUGAUCCAGAUGAUCCGCCCGAAUCUUGCCGAAGCAGUUGAUACUUGCGUGAAGGCUGCAGGACAUGAAUACAGCAUCCAUUGGCAAAAACAACUGCUCAAAGCAGCAUCGUUCGGCAAGUCGGUUCUUGACCUUUACAACAGUGACGACUUUGUCGACAUGUGUGAGACGCUUCGCGUGCUCAACGCGGUCCGCUUCUACGAGAUUGGCCUGCCUCUUUCCUACGACCAGUACAUGCGAUUGACGCCCGAAAAACUAGUCGAGCGACUGAUCAACCGCCACGAAUACCAGCUCGCUCUCAAGAUUUCCGAUUACCUCCGCCUCCCGACGGAUCGCAUCUACGUACAUUGGGCCAGCCAGAAAGUCCGCAUCUCUAACGAUGACGAGGAGAGCAUCUGCCGCAUGAUUGUACAGAAGCUUGAAGGUAAGCAAGGUGUGUCUUUCGAGGAGAUUGCAAGGGCAGCGUAUGAUGAAGGCCGUGUACGCCUUGCAACCGAGUUGUUGAACUUUGAGCCACGGGCUGGAAAACAAGUCCCCCUCUUGCUUGACAUGAAGGAAGACACGAUAGCGUUGGACAAGGCAAUAGAGAGCGGAGACACCGAUCUCGUGUUCCAUGUCCUUUUGCAUCUGAAGAAACAGCUCACUUUGGCAAGCUUCUUCAGAACUGUCACCAGCCGGCCGGUUGCCACCGCACUGGUGGAGUCUUCCGCGCUCGAGCAAGACAGGGAGCUGCUAAAGGACCUCUACUACCAAGACGAUCGCCGCCUUGACGGCUCUAAUCUCCUCAUCGCCGAGGCGCUUGAACAACCCAGCACAAGCCUUUGCACUGAUAAGCUUAAGCUUGCCAGCAAGCUGCUUCAAGAUUCACGUGAACACAGCUUCAACGUAAAGGCCAUCGAUGAAGCACAACGCCUGCUGAAGAUGCAAGAGACGUUCGAGAAGGACCUGGCAGUAACAGGGUUUGUGGGUCUCUCCACCAACGAGACGGUGUUCCGCCUCAUGCCAGAAAAGACAUACUGGUGGCUCAGGCUACGUGGACUUGUGGCCAAGAGGGACUGGAAUGAGUUGGAGGAGAUUAGCAAAACCCGGAAGAGCCCCAUUGGCUGGGAGCCCUUCUUCAACGAGAUCCUUUCAGCCGGAAACACGCGAACCGCGGCAUUAUUCAUCCCGAAGUGCACCAACCUACCGGUCGGUGACCGCAUAGAAAUGUGGGUCAAGUGCGGCCUAGUCGUGCGGGCGGGCGAGGAGGCGCUCAAGGCGAAAGACAUGAACAGCUUGGCCGAACUGAAGGCCACGGCCACAGGCAGCGCCGUCCAUGAGAUUGAAAGGAUGAUUGGGCAACUGGCGGGUGGCAGGAGGUAG